AUGCGAUCUGACGAUAUCAUCUUGACAGUAACCGCGCAGUCGCCUGCCUCCGACAAUGACAGCGGCGAACGCCCUGUACGACAACAGCUCAAGCAGACUAAUCUUGACGCUGUGGGCGAAAGCGACGAUUCUACACGCGCAAACCGAAAGCGCUCCCUCGACCUCACAGAGGGGGCCAACGACACACCCCCGACCAAGCGAUCCCGAGAGUCCACCCCGGACAAUACUGCCAAAGAUGCCACUACCCGAGAUGUGAGUGCCGAUGUGCCAGCCACAGCAGCCGUGAAUACUUCGGUUCACAAUACACGUCUGUCCUACAACCCGAUCAUUAGCCACAUCCCCGAGACCAGCAAGGUCCAGUUUCCCCUGGAGCUUGAGAUCAAGGUCUCAAUUGGUGGAUCCGAGCAGAUUAGCCAUUUGACCAUUCCUGUUGAGAUUGGUAUCAAAGUGACAACUGGAGCGGUCUCCUUGGCUUCCUCGACUUCCAAAUCCACUGAAGGCGAAUCCUCCAAAAUCCAUAUCACAAUUCCUUUUGCAAAGCCUAUUCCUCCAUCUGGACACCCAUUCCCUGCUGCGCACCCUGCUCCCGUGGAGCCUUCCCCUGGAAACCCCUCUCCCGCGGACCCUUCUCUUACACACCCCUCUCCCGCGGACCCUUCUCUUACACACCCCUCUCCCACGGACCCUUCUCUUACACACCCCUCUCCCGUGGGCCCUUCUCCUGCGUACCUCCGUCAUGGGCACCCUCUACCUGACGAGUACAAGGAUGACCCUUCAUUCCACACAUUUGAAGAACCUGAGUCAAUUGGAGAUUCUUCGUCUGAAGACUCUCUACCUGACUACCGUUCACCUGAAUACCCGUCCUCUCCACCUGUCCCACACAGUCCAACGGACCCCGAUUACCCUAGGCCCACGGUUGAAGUCGUUGAAGUCCUUGAUUCUAACCACUCUCAAUCUCCACAGAAUCUUGAAACUACCGGCGGAAACGAGGAUGAUUCUUCACAACUCAAGAAGAAACGGAGCCGAGAGCAACUUGAAGAUGAUAUCUUGAAGAAUUCCCACGCGACUGACCCCGCCCCCGGCUUGGUCGAGAAAACUUCAGACGAAAGCUCCACUGCCGACGGACAACCCGAGAAGAAGAGACCUCGUGACAAUUCGGAGGAGCGCAAGGCUAAGGUGGACCAGACUUUCACUGAGAGUGCAUUCGGAAAGGCUUCUGCCAACCCUUCACCUUUCGCAAUGCCGAAUAAAUCGACACCUGAUGCCUCGCCUUUUGCAACCAAAGCUGCCCCGACUUCUGGUUUCGGUGCCCUCGGAUCCGGCUUCUCUGCCUUCGGUAGCGCUUUCCCCGCUCCCUCUGGUAAACUCACCAGUUUCGCAUCUCCCAAUGCCCCCGCCGCUUUCUCUGGAACAGCUGGUAAACUGACCAGUUUCGCAUCUCCCAAUGCCCCCGCCGCUUUCUCUGGAACAGCUGGUAAACUGACCAGUUUCGGAUCUGUCAACGCCCCCACCAGUUUCUCAGGAGCAGCUGGCAAACUGACCAGCUUCGCGUCUCCCAAUGACCCGGUUCCUUUUGGCGAGUCCAGUGACAAGACCCUCGGUGCAAAACAAUCCGACGACGAAGAGAGUGACAACGAACCAGUUGGUGAACCUGAUGACACCUUUGUUGCCGAGAAGACCGACGAGCGUUUCCACGCACAAACUGGUAUGGACCCCGCCUUGCCUCUCCCCUGGAUCCCGAAUAUGGCUCGUGACUCACACCAACCUGAAAAAUCAGUUGAAACCGGCGAAGAAAACGAGACCACCGAGUUCACCGCCAAGGGCAAGCUGUAUAGCUUUGACGACAAAAAAUGGAAGGAGCGUGGUACCGGCACCUUCAAGGUUAACCUCAAGGCAGAGUCCAACGGAAAGAAAUCUGGCCGCAUUAUCAUGCGUGCUGAUGGUGCCUUGCGUGUUAUGCUGAACAGUGCUAUUUGGCAGACCAUGCCCUUUGGUGAUAUCAAGGGUUCUCGCCCGGCUACUCGCGAUAUCUACCUGGCAAGCAAGGAGGAAGAGAAGGUUGUCAGCCUUCUUCUGCGGCUUGGAAACGAAAAGCCAGCCCAGGAACUAUACGACAUUCUGAAGGAUGUCGUUCAGAAACUUUAA